AGACAAAUAUGGGCGUAGAUGAUUUCUAUGGUGGAGUGGAGGGGGGAGGUACCCACUCUACUACAAUGAUAUUCAGAGGGAAUGGGGAGUUAGUGGCAACUAUUGAGGGACCUUCCACAAACCAUUACCAGAUUGGUAAAGAGGAAACAAGUAGAAGAGUAGAGGCUAUGGUUAGAGAAGCAUUUAAACAAGCAGGACUAGAGGAACACACUAAUCUUCAAGGAUUAGGAUUAGGACUGAGCGGAUUAGAGGAUGAAGAAACAGCAAACCAACUUAUUUCUGUUCUUCAAAAGUUGUUUCCUCACCUUGCCUUGAAAAUAAUAGCUUGUAGUGAUACCAGGGGAACCCUAGCCACAGCAACCCAGACUGGUGGUAUAGUACUGAUUGCCGGAACCGGAAGCAAUGGUCUUCUUCUCAAUAAAGAUGGGUCAGAGUAUAGGUGUGGAGGCUGGGGUCACAUGAUGGGUGAUGAGGGAGGUGCCUGGUGGAUUGCUAACCGAGCUUGUAAACUAUAUUUCGAUUCAUUGGACAACAUUGUACACAACAAAGAUAUCAGUCUGAUAGAAAAGCUGAUCUUUGAGCACUUCAGCAUAAAAGAUAGGUUUGGAAUGCUCUAUCAUCUGUAUGAAAACUUUAACAAAUCCUUCUUUGCAUCUCUAACCAGCAAACUUGCUGCUGCAGCUAACCAGGGCGAUGAGAUUUGUAUUAAACUGUUUCAUGAUGCUGGAGCAGCACUUGGGAACCAUGUUAAAGCUCUUGCUCCAAAUGUUCACAGGCCUAUGAUGGAGGGCGAAGGUGGACUAAAGGUUGUUUGUGUUGGUUCUGUGUGGAAAUCUUGGAGUCUUCUGAAACCAGGCUUCAUUCAGGCAGUUGCUCAAUCUCAGAGCAUACCUGAAUUGAGUUUGGUGGAACUUGCUGUGGGUAUGGCAACUGGAGCCACCUACCUUGGUGCUCAAGCUGCAGAUUACAAUCUUCCGAGAGACUAUUCUAAAAAUGUGAAGCAGUUCUUCCACUACAAGAAAGAAUCAAGCUAAUAACAAAAUAUUGUAAAGACAAUUAUUACUAAUUCUGAAAUUUUGUGCCAGUAUUUUUUUUUUAUUAUUAUAAAUUAAUAAGUUUGCUAAUCAAAUAUUUGACAGCUCUAAAAUAAUGAUUUGUUAAAGAGAUUCUGGUUAAAAAUUAUGAGAACAUUUUAGCCAAUUUUUUUUAUUUUCAUAUUUUUAGUAAGUUAAACAUUUUGUUUUGUUAUUUUUAGAUGGUGUUAUUAGAACACUCUUCUUAUAGUUUGUGUCUGUUUUUUAGGGUUGCUAGAGCAAUCUCUUUUACUUUUUACAUUCAUAUUAUGAUAGUUUGUAAGUUUUUUUUCUCAUAUUUUUUGUCUCUCAAAUUUUGUAUAUUGUAUAUUGAAUACCCAACACCCAUUCAUCAGAAAUCCCCGAACCGUUGUAGCUUAAAAUUUGUUAGGGUUGUAUUUCCUGAAUUGGGGGCAAAGAAUACAUUUUGGGCUAAAAGUAUCCCAAAAGUAUUUUUAAAACUGGUUUUUUAAUUCCCAUUCAUCAUUCCCCCCCCCCCCCAAUCAUCAAAAAUCAGUUUCCUUUAAUUAUUCUUAAAUUUAUAUAUAAUAUACCUCAGGGCGGGGGGUCUAUAUAGGCCCAAUGCCCAUAAUUCUUUAUCGCUUCAUUGUUUAUGUCUCCGUGAAUAAAUCUCAAAUUGUGUGGCUCCAGAUGUUGGUCUAAUGUCAACUGGAAACUUUUGAUGGAACAAAAUUAGAAUUAGUUUUAAGGAUUUCUCCCUCUCUCAUAUUUUACAAGUUGAGUGUUUAGAUAGAUAAUGACUUUUUUAUUACCAACCAAUGUUAAUUUGUUUCUUUUAUUCAAAAGAUACCAACCAUAG